AUGGCUCUCUCGAGGCACCUCAACGCAGACCACCUCAUCCAGCUCGCUAAGGAUCAUAAGGGCCACCAUCUUGGCCAUAGCUCCACUGACCACCACGCCGUUCAUGCGUACGGUGCGCGCUAUGGGACCGAUCCAAUUCCGAAGUUCAAUAUCCCAUCCAAGGGCGUGAGUGCGGAGGCUACCUACCAACUCAUUCAUGACGAACUCGCUCUCGAUGGCACGCCCUCCCUCAACCUUGCUUCAUUCGUCCACACAUGGAUGCCUCGCGAAGCAGAUCAGCUCAUGAUGGAAAACAUCUCAAAAAACCUCAUCGACCAAGACGAGUACCCCAUGACCCAGUUGAUCCACACACGCUGCGUCUCCAUCCUCGCGGACAUGUGGCACGCGCCUUCCAACCACCAGGCGAUUGGGACCGCGACUACCGGAUCUUCGGAAGCUAUCCAACUCGGCGGUCUGGCCAUGAAGCGCAUCUGGCAGGAGAAGCGCAAGGCAGCCGGCAAGUCUAUCCACGAGCCCGGUCCCAACAUCGUCAUGGGCGCGAACGCUCAGGUUGCACUCGAGAAGUUCGCGCGUUACUUUGAUGUCGAGUGCAGGCUGGUCCCUAUUUCGGAGGAGAGUCACUACCGUCUCGACCCCAAGCGUGCUAUGCAGUACAUUGACGAGAACACCAUCGGCGUGUAUGUCAUUCUCGGAAGCACCUACACUGGGCACUACGAGCCGGUGAAGGAAAUGGCUGACCUCCUCGACCAAUAUGAGAAGGAUACCGGCAACUCCGUCCCAAUUCACGUUGACGGUGCCUCCGGCGGCUUCAUUGCACCAUUCGCAACCCCGAAGCUCGAGUGGGACUUCAAGAUCCCACGUGUAGUCUCGAUCAACACCUCUGGCCAUAAGUUUGGCCUUUCUUACGUCGGUGUUGGCUGGGUGGUCUGGCGAUCCAAGAAAUUCCUCCCCAAAGACCUCAUCUUCGAGCUGCACUACCUUGGGUCCGUCGAGUACUCCUUCUCCCUCAACUUCUCCCGGCCGGCGCACCCGAUCAUCGCGCAGUACUUCAACUUCAUCCACCUCGGCUUUGAGGGGUACCGUAACGUCGCGCUACAAGACCUCAAGAACGCACGUCUUCUUAGUCGUGCGCUUGAGAAGAGUGGCUUGUUCACCGUGCUUAGCGACAUACACCGUCCCGCGGAAGGCCUCAUGGCUCAAGCCGCCCUCGCCGUCGACGAAGAGAAUGUGGAGAACUACAGCCCGGGCCUGCCCGUUGUCUCCUUCCGCUUCACCGACGACUUCAAGCAGCAGCACCCCGAUAUCCAGCAGAAGUGGAUCCAGGUCCUACUCCGCGCCAAGGGCUGGAUCGUGCCCAACUACGAGCUCGCGCCGGACCUCGAGACCGUCGAGAUCCUCCGCGUCGUCAUCCGCGAGACGAUGACCGCGGUUAUGGUCGAUCGCCUCGUCGCCGACAUCAUCGAGAUCGUUGAGGGGCUCGUCCAGCAAGACUCUCCGGUACAUGCCCUGUCCGCGUUGGCGGCGCGGAAAACUACUGAGGGUCACCACGGGACCUUGGGUCAGGGGUCGGGCAGCAAGCCCAGCGGGACGUACGCGAAGCAGUGCUGA